CUGGACUAUCCCGCUGCGUCAUACAAGCCAACACAACGUGAUAAUGAUCAUCUACACUUUCGUCGCACUCCAUUCAAACACUCUACAAGUCUAGACUCUCAUCAUUGGUGCUAGUCGUCUCGUCAUUUUCAGCUUGUUUGUCUGCACUGCCUGUCCUAGCAACUACCCUGUCGCAUAAACGGAAGAGGAUCAGAAAUCAGGCUGCGCUGUCCCACCCUCAGUUCCACCCGCUCUCCUCAUUGGAAACCUCUUGUGCGCCUGGAAUUGACGCAAGUUGAUAUCGAUCUGCUAUUGCGAUCUCCUGCCCCUGACCAACCGCUGGCCGUUAUCCGCCCGAGUGGCGAAACUUGGUCGUCAAGAUGAUGAAAAUAUGGUCUAUGAAACAACAACAGCAGAAGGAUGAGCAGACACAAGGACCGGCGCAGAAGAAAAAGAAGGUCACGGCAGCUCAGUUACGGGUACAAAAAGACCUGAGCGAAGUAUCUUUAGGAUCUACGAUGAAGACGACCUUUCCAAAUCCAGAUGAUAUCCUCAACUUCCAACUCACAAUCGAGCCGGACGAGGGAAUGUACAAGGGAGGCAGCUUUGUGUUCAAUUUCACCAUCAACCAGAACUACCCCCACGAUCCGCCCAAAGUCAAAUGUACCCAGAAGAUAUAUCAUCCCAACAUUGACCUAGAGGGAAACGUGUGCUUGAACAUUCUCCGAGAAGACUGGAAGCCUGUGCUGAACUUGAACGCGGUGAUUGUUGGCAUGCAGUUUCUCUUCCUCGAGCCGAACGCAUCCGAUCCACUGAACAAGGAGGCUGCCGAAGAUUUGAGGAACAACAGGGAAGGAUUCAGAAGGAAUGCAAGGACAGCAAUGGGUGGUGGUGCGGUUAGAGGCCAAACCUACGACCGAGUAUUGCGAUGAUUUGCACGAGACCUAAAACUACGC